AUGCUGAAGGUCAUUUUGUCGUUGCUCGCACAGAAUGGUUUUCGCCUUGUACGUACUGAAGUUGUUAUUGGAGAAGCUUUAGCUCUUUUGGCAUCUAUCAAAUGGGUUAAUGGUCUUGGUUAUGAUAACAUGGAUUUUGAGUUAGAUGCCAAAAGUGUGGUGGAUAGUGUUAUAUCUCCAAAACCAAACGAUUCGAACUUUGGUGCUGUUACUGGAGAAUGUAAUCGUUUGUUGUCACUCUUUUUUAGGUACUCUCAUGUUAAGUUCGUUAGGAGACAAGCCAAUGAAGUUGUCCAUGCUUUGGCACACGUGGCUCCAUCCCUAGCUAGUUUUCACAAUUUUACUGUUAUACCAACAUGUAUUCAGAAUAUUAUUAUUAAUGAUAUGAGUUAA